AUGCCUGACAUGAUGAUCCCAGGAUGUAGCACAUUGCUGGACUCAAAUGGCAUCCUGCCCACGCCCCCAGAUGCCACCCUCUCUCCACAUUCACAUCCCACCAUCUCCCCUUGGCUGCCGUAUGGGACAGAGGUUGUGAUAGACACCAUUAACCAAACCAACAUGAAUGCCACGGAGGAGUGCUCUCAAAUCAAGAUCCCCACUGAGGUGUAUCUCAUCCUGGGGCUAGUGAGCUUGUUGGAAAACCUACUAGUGGUCAUUGCAGUACUGAAGAACAAGAACCUCCACUUACCCAUGUACUUCUUCAUCUGUAGUUUGGCAGGUUCAGACAUCCUUCUAUGUCUAUCCAAAGCUUGGGAAGCGUUUACAAUAUCGCUGGUAAACAACCACAAGGAUACCUUCACACAAACCUUUUUAUUAAGUAUGGACAAUGUAUUUGACUCAUUAAUAUGCAUUUCCUUCCUUGCCUCCAUUUUUAACUUGGCUGCAAUUACAACCGACCGAUACAUCUCAAUUUUCCAUUGUUUGCGAUACCACAACAUUAUGACACGGAAGCGAGUUGCCUUUGCCAUUGCAGGGAUCUGGGUGUUCUGCACUUCCACCGGUAUCCUCAUGAUCAACUUUCACAACAGCCAAGGCAUCGUCAGCUUCUAUAUUAUAUUUUUCCUGCUGUCAGUAGUUCUUAUUGUGUCCCUUUACAUCUACAUGUUCCUGUUGGCACAGAUGCAUGCCAGGAAGAUUAGAAUACUUCCAGGUCAUGCAGCGCACCAGGGAAUCAAUUUUAAAGGAGCCUUCACAGUAACUGUCCUCCUCGGGGUCUUCAUUUUCUGUUGGGCCCCUUUAUCCUUGCACUUUAUCCUCUUCUUACUCUGCCCUUCAGAUCCAUACUGUGCAUGCUUUAUGUCCCUCUUUCAAAUUGACCUCAUUUUUAUCAUGUGCCACUCAAUCAUUGACCCACUUAUUUAUGCGUUCCGAGAUCCCAAAUUAUCCAAUACUUUUAAGAAGAUGAUGUUCUGUCACAAGAAGCAAUGGUACUUCCAUGCAUCACCCAGUUUUUUGAACAUUUAG